UAGUUGAUGUUGUUCUGUGAAGCGCGAGUGACUGAAUGACGAGUGAGGCGGCUAAUAUCGCCAAAAUACAGGUGUUCCGGUGUAUAUAACGUGACACAGAGGGAGCGAGGUGUGCUGCCACACCCCGGCACCCUGCCAAGGGCUCCUCCCUUCCCCUCUAGCCCGUUUUCCCGAGGAAUUGCAGGGCAUACUUGCCAAAGCGAUCUUUGCUCCUCCGAACGGAAAUAUGUGACGAAGGCAUGUUACUGUCUUCCGUGCGGCGUGUUUUGUGUUUGGAUGUGCUCGACACCGAAGUGUGCCAAGAGUGUGUUAGGCAGUGUGGAGUGGUGGAGGAAGGUCGUGAUAAGCCAGAUUGUCCCAGCACACCCUAAGGCAGCCCAGCCACCUGCGCCAUGCACCUCUCACAAAUACUGUGGUGUGUGGCGCUGGUGUUUGUCGCGGCCGUGAUGGCGGCGAAGAGAGAUGGGAAGAACUUGCUUGGUAGUGGCGGAGCCGCGAGGGAACCAGGACGUGACUUAGGUCUGAAUCGUGACCCUGUGGAACUAAGUCGUCUACACCUCCCGAAGGAGCUGAAGGGAGGUGACUCGCUACCCUGGAAGACUAAGGUGACUCAUGCAUGGACUGGGCUGCCGGCACAGAUCGCCCUGGAGGUCAAAGGUGUGCUUGGAACUGGCUCCCUUCACCUGGCUGGCGGGGACGGUACUUUUGUCACCUUCCUUGCUUAUGGUCAUCACAUCCAGGCCGCUGGUUCAUUACCUGUCGAUCACCGGGACCGUGAGCGAAACAUGGAACAGAUUACUCAGCAGAAAGGUGACAAUAACAAUGGCACUGGUUUUGGGAACAGACCAGGUCACACCCGCUGGCCGCCUACCAGUCAAGAGUUUCAGUUUUCCUCUCACGGGGACACGACUCGCCCCCACACGCCCCAAGCGGUGUGUCCAUUGUUUGCACCGGCCGAUAGAAAUUAUGGUGCCGCCCCGAAGACACCGGUGUACGGCCUAGCGUGUAGCGAGGGGAGGGGCGGCCUGAUCCUAGAAGCAACCCACGUGUACACUGACCCCGGCAAAUACCAGGUGGACGCACACUUCCUGGAUGACCUGCUGGGGGUCGUUACGGGAAGGUGGGAGGCCCAGGUGGAGGUGGAGGAGCUGAUGCAGGUGACCCUGGGACCGAGUCAGGCCCUUCCUCUGCAAGAUGGACGCGCCGUCGCCUCAGCCACCCUCUCUCUCACGCCCUCCGCCGAGUCCCCACCGCUGCCGUGCCCCGAGGGACUCAUCUCGUGGGCCUGGGAUUUUGGAGACGGCACGGGGGAAGAAGGAGGAGGAGAGUGCACGAGUGAGGAGAGAGAAAAGAAGGAGGAGAGGAUGAGUCGAGAGAGAAAACGUGGGAAGGGCAAGGAUUCAGAUUUUUUAAGAAACGCACAGAAAAGGAGGGAGAACUUUGCUGGACUGGAGGAAAGUGGAGGAGAGGGAAAGAAGGAAGUUGAGAGCACGGACAAAAGAACUGGAGAGGAGAGGAAGGCGGAGGAGGGAUUGAAAGACCAGAAGAAAGACAGUCCAGAUUCCACUGCUCCUUCAUUCACGUAUUUUACCUCUAGUCUUUCCACCUCCUCUGCCACCACUACCACUACUACUUCAUCCUCCUCAACCUCCAUCUCCACCUCAACUAACGCUGAUGAUGAGCCUCCCUUCACCACAACCAGCACCAGCAUCACUGUCCACCACACGUACACAGCCCCUGGGACCUUUAACAUGAGUGUAGUGCUGCUGUGUGGCUGUCGCGGCGUGGCCAGGAGGGACGUGGGCCGGGCAUUCACGGUAGCAGUGCCCAUUGGCGAUGUGCAGAUCAGUGCAUCCGAGACUCACCUGCUACUGCUUCAAGGCGACCGUGGACACCCCCGGGCGACUGAGGAGGUGGUGAUGACAGUGAAGGUGGCCAACGGCUCCCUCCUCCAUCUUGUCACCCUGCACACUGAUGAUGGCACGCAGGUCCUCCUCCAGCCCACUCUGACCCACCCUGAAGGUCCCUGGCUGGCCGAGGCGAAGCACAAAUACCAGCUGCCAGGGGAGUACCGGCCAUGGGUGGAAGUGAGCAACCCGGUGGGCGAGGGGCGGGCGGCUCUCCACACAGUCAUCAAGGUGGAUCAGCCGCCCAACACGGUGGUGCUGGUGCCGGAGGAGUAUGUGAGCGCCGUCGGGAAGGAGGUGGUGUUCAUGGCUAAGGUCUUGGGCGCCUCCUCUGGUCUUCACUACGACUGGGUGCUGCCCGGGGGCGAGAUUCUGCAAGAUCAAGGUCCCGUGGUGGCGCGGACGUACGAGGCGCCUCUGCAGGAUACCGUCAGCGUGAGUGUGUACCACGAUGCCCACGCCCGCACGCCCUCCCUUCCACGCCCUCAGGCUUCGACCCAAGUGACAGUGGAAGCGCCACUAACAGCAGUGCAGCUCCUCGUGGAUGGCAAGGACACAAACAUCAUCCUUCCCAAGAACAAGAACGCCUCUCUCAAAGCUGUAGUUUCCCCAUUAGGAGCCCAGCGCACCACUGAGUUCUUCUUUAGCGUCUACGAGUAUUGGAUAAGUACCGACGAAAUAUACCUUCUGUUUCCCACGCCAGGCGAAGUGACUUUGCAAGUGUGGGUGAAAAAUAAGAUUUCCCGCGUGGAGUCCCAGGAGGUGCGCGUGCUGGUGGUGGAAGAGAUUGGAAAUGUGAGAGGCUUGGCUGACCAUGACUCUGUUCUUGUGUAUGAGGCGAGAAACUACACAGUCUUGGUCGGGCGCGGCACGAACAUUACCUACACUUGGGACUUCGGCGGCAGCUUCCUGCAGCCGGUCAACACCACAGUCCCCACCAAGACUCACACCUACUUACUGCCCGGCACGUACACUCUUACCGUGAGCCUCACCACGCCCUUGGGAGACCUUCACGUCCUCACCAGUAAAGUCUUCGUCCUCAAGUCCGGAAAGUGCGACACACCAAAGGUCCUGCAGUUCUACCCCAGAGACACGUCCGCUAAAAGAGAGUUCGAUGGCACGCAGGAGAUUCUUGUGGAGCCGUCACUGCUGCGAAACUGUCCGCUGGGGAGUGGCCCGGAGUACCGCUGGACCAUCUGGAACAAGGAUGGCCAAGAAGUGCCCCUCUCGAGUACCCGCCUGGACACGCCCUCCCUUCUCGUCCAUCCAGUGUAUGACCAUGACUGGCCGGACUGGCUUCGCACUGACAUCGCAAAGAGGAUCCUUGGCCUGGCAGUUUCAUUGCCGCAGGAAGAAGAACAAGGCCUGAUGAUGGGUGUCCUGGCGCCUCGUUCGCUGGAGGACGGAGAGUACACCACUCAACUGACGGUGAAGGAGCGUGGCACCAUCGUCCAGGCUUCCUACAACACCACCUUCAGCGUUGUGGCCACCAGGUUGAGAGUGACCUUCGUGGACGGGACGGAGCGGGAGGUGGACCGGGACGCCAACGUGACCCUGCGUGUGGAGGUGACGUCCCCCUCUCCCAACUUCACAGUCAGUUUUCGCUGCAGCCCCCUGGACGCACCUUCUGCCUCCUGCUUCACUGAGGCCAACCAACUCAGCAGCUUUCCCACCAGCACUAACGAGGGCGAGAAUCUGUUCUCUCGCCUGCAACACCUUUGGGAGUUACUGCACAACACCAGCAGUAGUGAUAGCAGCAGCAGCAGCAGCAGCAGCAGUGACAAAAACCUGAAGAACAACCCAUUUACCUCGUCUCAUUUUUCACUGCCUUUCAACAAGAUAUUUUCACCAUUCCACAUGUAUGAUGACUCUCACUUUCUACACAAAGUCUUUAACACAAGCCAGCACUACAUUGUGAGCCUCACUUUCCCUGCCUCCACCUUGGUCUCCACUCACAAACGCUUCAAGUUCAGCGCCUCCAUCAAAAAGGAUCCUAAACACAGAGUCGAAGCAUCGCAGGUGGUGUCCAUCUCAUCCCCAAGAGAUAACAUCGGAAUCCAGACCUGCCUCGGGUCUCAGUUCCCAUUCGGCGCUCUCCGCAGGAUGGUGUUUGAGAGUGAGUGUAUGUCAUGCUCUCCUGAGGAGUUGGCGGUGCUGCGUUACACGUGGAGGCUCAAGAUGUUGGUGAAUGAACAGUACGCUCCUAUGCUGAACUCGGAGCAGCAGACGGCCGCUAGUGAGGCGGAGGUCACCCUGCAACGCAUUCUCCGGCAGACUGAGGUAGACGAAUCCUUCUUUUCUCGACCCAGUGACUACCUCAGAGUGUACAACAAGUCGGCGCUACAAGAAAGGCCCACUCAGACUGCCCCAGAGGAGGAUUCCAAUCCCAACCUCGCCUUUCCCACGCCCAGCCUAAGCACCCACGACCUGCAGAACCUCCCUGAGAUCAUCGCACCGGAGAUUUUGCAUCAGGUGGCAGAAAUAUACCACCGAUGGGGCCGCCCGAGUGCCGCAUCCCUUGGCAUCGCUACUGCCUUACGCAAGAACCCCACGUCUGACAUUAAUCAAGUUUUAGAUCAGGGUAACCCUAGAGGGAAGGUGACUGUAGCAAAUAUCAAUCCAUUGCAAGCUGCAGUUGACCUAAGCAGGCCGAAUAAUGAUCUGGCAAGGGAAGGAGUGCGGAUCUCUCGUUCUGCACCAGCAGCAACACACCAUGCCCAGCGACGCCAGAUGAGAGAGAGCGAUCGUACAUCUUCCUCCCAAACCAAUAUGCAUCGAAAGGUUGUUGGCCGUCAUUCAGGCGAGGCAGCUCAGAGACCCGUGACGGACGAGGCCGCUCCACCGGCGCCCGCCUCCCCCACGGCCCCCGCAACCGCCUUCAUCAAGGUCACGUUAGACAACCACCACAGCCACCUGGUUCAUCGCGCCGUUCACUUCCCGCCACAGGGAAUAGAGGGCGAGAAGGUAAAGGAUCCCACGGCCCUCUCACCUACUGAAGGAUGGCUGUCGGGACCGUCACAUCCUAUCACUGCAGCCCCGGAAGCAGAACACCAAGCCGGACACACCAACCCUGAUUAUCCACACAGAACAAAGAGGAACUCGCCUGCAGAAAAAGUGGCAGUUGAAGACUUGUGGCUGGCGACAGCGCAGCGCGUGGACCACGGCGAGUCACGCAGGAGUGGGGUGAAGUGGGAGGCAAUGGGAAAAGUUUUUGAUGGUGAAAAGGCAGUCCGACAGCACCAAGUCAUUCUGAGUAAGGGAAAAGUCCAAGAAAAUGAGUAUCUGAAGAUCUUAGAGGAGGAGGAAGAGGAAGAAAAGGAAGAAGUGGAAGAGAAAGAAAAUAGGUUGUGGUGGGCAAAUGACGGUGAUCACAGAGUGCGUGAAAACUCACACGACGGCGGAAGUGACAGAAAAGAGGAACGACGACCAAUGACCGAGGCAGGGACGGGAGGUGUGGCCGAGAAUGCUCGCCGUGGGUUGGAGGAAGACGGGAAGCACACCACCGUCAAGCCACCGCUCGACGCCCAGUUUGGGAUGCGGAAGACUGCAGCGACCCAGGCCAAGGCGUCUGAAGCAAGGCCUCGUCGCGCGGCAAUCAGGCAGGAAGCUUCGCCACUUGAUUCCGCAGUUCCCAUUGAAGUGGAUGCUCUCACGAAAGCCGCUGUGAAGAGGGAGGGCCAUUUCCUUGAAAUUGACAAGUAGGCCAGGUCCACUACUACAGGUUGCAGCAGCACGCGAGGGGCAGGAGGCUGAUCAUCCUUACCGUCUUGUGCCACCACGUCUCUCCCUUUCACCUAAAGCGUCUCCUCUUUCUGUUGCUUCCCAGUCAGAUAAUAAAGAGAGAGACCAAUUUUCAUUUGGCACUGAUCAUGAUGUUAGAGGGAGCGAGGGCUUGCGGCUAUCGUCCCUCCAGCAGCGCCACGGGACACAGACCGGGGAUCGGUGGGGAGGAGACCCCCCAACAACAAAGACAAUCGACCAACUGGAGCAGCGAGCAGAUCUUCAGAGAUUCAGUGGUAGGGUAAAGAAGAGACG